UUUUACCCUUUAUUCUUGCCAUACCUCACUGUGAAUGUAAGUUACCUUCCUCCCUCGUCCCUUCACCUCUCCUCUUCUUUUUCUCUGGUCACCACCUCAUCCUUCCUCAACCCUGUCCCACCCCUUUUAAAUGAUUUCCUCUCAUCCUAACCACCUUGCACCCUCUUUUUCAUCUGUGCCAUCCUGCCAGGUGAACACUGGGCAACACUGAUGCAUCUGUAUGUCUUAUACACUGCUGAACCUCGGCCAAUUCAAAGAGGGAUCAAUGGGCAGCCAAAUUGAAAGUAACGAACCCACCCCCUCCCUCCCUCCUCUUUUUAAACCACAUGGCAUGUAACCAGGCUCCAGAUUGCGCCUGGGCGCUGCGUCAGGACGCUUUCUUCACGGUUGAAGUGCUGAGACGCGCAGAGAAAAGCUCAUAUAGCAACGCUGCGCCCUGAUGAGCAGCUCUUGUGCCCACACAGCGGCAUUUCUUUGAUUUUGUCUUUUUCAUUGAUUCACAGAAAGUUUGCACUGUCUUUAAUGUAUUUAUAGAUAUUCUUUUUUAUUAAAACUGAGGCUUGCUCAAGUGCGUAAAAUCCAAGGGUGGUUUUAGUUAUCCAGGAUCUACAGUCAUGAGUUUACUGAAUUUCACCUGAGGAUCAAGUGAAAAUGUCUGGAGAAUUUAUCGACAGUAUGUUCGAAGACUCAGCGGGAACAGGGAUCAACUUCAGCCUCGUUUUUAACGCGACCAACCGCUCAUCCUCCGCUGACAGUUUCCACCUGUCAGAUUUCGGGAAAACGGAUUUUGUGGGAGAUGGAGCCGCGGUUGUGAGGAUUAUCAUCUCAGUCAUUUACUCUCUGGUUUGCGCGCUCGGUCUGGUCGGGAACUUGCUGGUUCUGUACCUGAUGAAGUCCAAACGCGUGUGGAAGAAAUCCUCCAUCAACCUUUUCGUGACAAGUUUGGCGGUGACAGAUUUCCAGUUCGUGCUGACUCUGCCGUUCUGGGCGGUGGAGAACGCGCUGGACUUCACUUGGCUCUUUGGCAAAGCCAUGUGCAAGAUAGUCUCGUAUGUGACAGCCAUGAACAUGUACGCCAGCGUGUUUUUCCUCACAGCCAUGAGCGUGGCCAGGUACUGGUCGCUCGCCUCUGCGCUGAAGGGCAGGCGGCGGCGGACGCACUGCUGUUCGGCGCGCUGCAUCACAGUCCUCAUCUGGUUCGCCGCUGUCUCCGCCGCGCUGCCGCACGCAGUCUUCUCCACAACCGUCACCGUCUCCAACGAGGACCUGUGUCUCGUUAAAUUCCCCGAAACCAACGGGAGCGCACAGUUCUGGCUCGGGCUCUAUCACUCUCAGAAAGUGCUGCUGGGCUUCGUGGUGCCACUGGGCAUCAUCUCCGCCUGCUACCUGCUCCUCUUGCGCUUUAUCACCUCCAAAAACAUCAACACCUCCAGCGCCAAACGCCGCGCCAAGGUCACCAAGUCCGUCACCAUAGUGGUGCUGUCCUUCUUCCUCUGCUGGCUGCCCAACCAGGCGCUCACAGCCUGGGGUAUCCUUAUCAAACUAAACGUGGUCCACUUCAGCUACGAGUACUACACCACGCAGGUGUACGUCUUCCCCGUGUCCGUGUGCCUGGCGCACUCCAACAGCUGCCUGAACCCCAUCCUGUACUGCCUGAUGAGGCGGGAGUUCAGGAAAGCGCUGAAAAAACUCUUCUGGCAGAUGACUUCGCCGACCCUCGCCACCAUAAGGCCGAUCACAGCCACGACAAAGCCAGAGACGGACGCUCAAGGACAAGUCCUGGUCCCCAUCAGCGCGCCGGAGGAGGCCCCUGUUGUGUUUUAUCCUCCGGGGGCAGUGGUGUACAAUGACAGACGAGAUCUCCCACAAAACAGCACUUAGUGUAAAGUGCCACUGACUGUGUUUUAUUAUAUGUAUUUAUGUUAAUGGUGAAUCUCUCAUAGUUGGCGGAGGGGCUGCAGUGUGCGUCCAAGUUGGAUGUGCGUAAUUGGCGAGAAGAGCGCAAACAGAAACUGGCCUGUAAACCACCACCAUCUGAGUUAAUCACAUUGGCUCCUGCUUGUCUGUCACUUUGCGCACUUCGCAUACACGUCUGUGGUUUUUCUCUCAGCUACUCAUAAAAAUAAAAGAGCGGAGGACAUUGUCUUUCGUGACAUAUUUGUCGAAAAUAUCAGAAGUGCAUCGACACCAUAAAGCAGUUUGCUGGUCCCUGUCUUUGUUCAGAGGGACAGUGUGUGUACUUGUGGCCAGUAUUCAUUCAUUCGCUCAGUUCUUCAGCAAAAGGAAUCCCUGUCCUCAUGUUUGAGCCAACAAGUUUCACACAGUUAUGAUAAUUGUUUUAGAAAACGUUAAUGGAUGCCUAAUAUAAAUAAUGAAUGUGUCAUGAGCCUAUGGUGUUAAAAGUAAAAGAUCGCCUGCUCACCAAACACUCCAAAAGGUGAUUUAUAGCAGUUACAUUACACUAUAUUAACUAAAGUGAUGUUCUGAAGUGAUUGUAAUACCAUUCUCUUACACUCAUUUGUAUAAACACAAGGAGAGAAGCUCAUCAUUGUUUCAUAAUUAUAUUUAAUGAUUCUUGUCUCAGGGAGUUUAAUUUGUCGAUAGCUCAGAUUUUUCUGUUGUAAAUAUUGUAAAUAAAUUGAUCUGUGGCCCAUAUUGAUGUAAC